GCACAACCAAUUGCACCCCCUUCUUAUCCACAAUGGCGUGCACCUACUCCACAAAAUCAUCCACCCCCCCACAAGUUCAUCAAAAUACUGCUAGAAUUCCUUUCCGUACUAGGCCACAAUACAAAAAGGGAAAUGACGUUAAAGAUGAGUUCACUCCUAUUGGGGAGUCGUAUGCUAGCUUGUUCCAAAAAUUAAGGAGGUUGAAUGCUUUGAGUCCUAUUGAGAGAAAGAUGUCGAAUCCUCUCCCGAGAAAUUUGGAUUAUUCUCAACAUUGCGCAUAUUAUUUUAAUGCCCGAGGGCACAACAUAGAGAGAUGUUGGUAUUUGAAAAGGGACAUUCAGGAUUUGGUCGAUUCUAACCGAAUUAUAGUUGAAAGUCCGAGUGGACCCAACAUCAAUCAAAAUCCAUUGCCGACGCAUACUGAAACAAACAUGCUGGAAAUGAUGAAGGGUCAUGAAGAGUUUGCAUCUCCGUAUAAGCCAAUCCUUAGGGUUGGAACUGGUAUUGAGAAGUCAUCAAAUGUUGUUGAUUUAACAAAAAUGAUGCCUUUAGGGGCGGAAAGUGUGUUCGAAAAGCUGAGUCCAUCAAACACACCCAUCUUAACUGCGAAAGGAGCCCUUGAAGAUGUUUGGGCAAGUCCGAGUAAGGCAAAGUUGUUUGUUCCAAAAAGCCCAAACAAGCCUAUCUUGAUCGUGCGAGGGGCCCAUAUUCCUCCUGUGAUUAUCAGGCCAGUAUCCCAGCUCCCAAUGACUAACCCCAAAGUUGUUCCUUGGAACUAUGAGCCUACUAUCGUGACAUACAAGGGAAAAGAAAUUUAUGAAGAAAUAGAUGAAGUAGGAGGAAUAACCCGUUCAGGAAGAUGUUAUGUCCCGAUGGAGUUAAGGAAAACUAAAAAUGACCAAAUACAAGUAAAGAGUCCGGUCACUGAAGGAGAGGCAGAGGAAUUUCUAAGGAAAAUGAAACUAUAAGACUACUCUAUGGUGGAACAAUUAAGAAAAACUCUAGCCCAAAUAUCUUUGUUGUCUUUGAUAAUACAUUCUGAUGAACAUUGUAAGGCUGUAAUGAAAAUUUUGAAUGAAGCACAUGUUCCUAGUAAAGUUACAGUGAGUCAGUUAGAGAAGAUUGCUGGGAGAAUAUUUGAGGUAAACCACAUCACCUUUUCAGAUGAUGAACUACCCAAAGAAGGUACAGGACAUAACCAAGGCCUACAUAUCACUGUAAAGUGUGAGCUUUCAUAUGUCACUCGAGUUCUAAUUGAUGGAGGAUCUGGAGCAAAUAUUUGUCCUUUAUCAACUCUACAGAAAUUGAAUGUUAGUGCUGAAAGGGUCCGACCCAACAAUGUAUGUGUUAGAGCUUUUGAUGGGUCAAAAAACAGAUGUUAUUGGUGAGAUAGAGCUCGUACUAACCAUAGGGCCUGUUGAUUUCGCUGUGAAUUUUCAAGUGUUGGAUAUCAACGCGUCCUACAAUCUAUUGUUGGGGAGGCCAUGGGUACAUAAGGCUGGAGCAGUCCCCUCAACGUUGCAUCAAAUGAUUAAGUUUGAAUACGACUGACAAGAGGUAAUUGUCCAUGGUGAGGGGGAUUUGUCAAUCUACAAAGACUCUUCUUCCCCUUUUAUCAAGGCGGAUAAUGAGAAUGAGGCACUAGUUUAUCAAGCUUCUGAGGUAGUGGUUAUUGAGCAUGUCCCCGAGGGGAGUGUCAUUUCAAAACCAAAUAUGUCCAUCGCGUCUGUAAUAGUGGUGAAUGAAUUGUUGAAACAUGGGUUUGAGCCGGGUAAAGGCAUAGGAAUCUACUUGCAAGGAAGGGCUUAUCCUGUGAGUCUACGAAAGAGCAUCGGUACUUUUGGCUUAGGCUACCAACCUAGAGUCGAGGACAAAAUGAAGGUAAAGAAGCAGAAGAGAGAUGUAUGGGCACUUACCAAGCUUAUACAACCAAUCUACAAAUCUUUCAUCAAAGCCCGCGCAACAGAAUCUUAUCAAUCAUCUCUUCCAGAGCCAGUAAUGAAAGUUAGCGAAGAAAUGAUCAACUAUUUUCAAGAUUUAUUUGUCGAGGUUGAUAUGGUGGAACUCGGAGAAGGCACUAGCGACAGAGAUGUGCAAUUCAUUGGUCCUGAUGUCAAUCUAAACAAUUGGGAGGCCACCCCUCUCCCCGUUAAAGACGAGUCUUGAUAGUCUGUCUUGUUUUUUCUUUUGUCGUCUGAUUCAUUCAAGUAUUGUAAUUCGGAUUUCAUCUUGUCGUUUUAUUUCAAACAUUCUAUUUCCCUUUUCAAUAGGAUGUAAUUGCAUCUUUAUUUCAGUCUAAUGUAUUUGUUCGUUUUCUUUUAUACAAUUCUUUGUAUGCCGAUUAUAGUGAUAUGACAUGCAUGCAGAAUUUUUCGCCAGAUCUUAAUAUCCAAUCUAAUCUUCGACCUAAUAUUGAAAUAAUAAGUCAAGAAAUCGAACAUGAUGAAGACAGAGUAUUUGAAGAAGUAAGGAGGGAUUUCAAUCAUUUUGAAAAUAAGUCAAAUCCAAACAUGAGUGAAACUGAGACGAUAAAUUUGGGGGAUCAGGAAAUUAUUAAGGAGACUAAGAUAAGUGAACAUGUUCGACAUCAAAAGGACGAUAUAAUCCAGGCCCUGUUUGAUUACAAAGAUGUUUUUGCGUCAUCUUAUGAUGACAUGCUUGGAUUAAGCACGAACAUGGUUGUUCACUAGUUGCCAAUUGAUCCUAAUUUUCCUCCGAUAAAGCAGAAGUUGAGAAAACUCAAAACCGACAUGAAUGUAUUAACUAAAGAGGAGAUUACAAAACAACUUGAGGCCAAAGUCAUUCAAGUCGCUCAAUAUCCUUCUUGGUUAGCCAAUAUCGUACCUGUCCCUAAGAAAGACGGCAAAGUUCGAAUGUGUGUUGAUUAUCGUGAUUUGAAUAAGGCAAGUCCAAAAGAUGAUUUUCCUUUGCCUAACAUCCAUAUUUUAUUGGAUAAUUAUGCUAAACAUGAGGUUGCAUCUUAUGUGGAUUGUUAUGCGGGCUACCAUCAGAUUAUUAUGGACGAUGAAGAUGCAGAAAAAACAUCUUUUAUCACUCCAUGGGGUACAUAUUGUUAUCGUGUUAUGCCUUUUGGAUUAAAAAAUGCAGGGGCAACUUAUAUGAGAGCAAUGACAACCAUGUUUCACGAUAUGAUGCAUAGAGAAAUCAAGGUUUAUGUGGAUGAUGUUAUUAUUAAAUCUAAGAAACACUCAGAUCAUGUGAAAGACUUAAGGAGAUUCUUCGAAAGGCUCCGCAAGUAUAAUCUCAAGCUUAAUCUACAAAAUGUGUAUUUGGAGUACCAUCGGGGAAGCUUUUGGGGUUUAUAGUAAGUCGAAGAGGUACCGAGUUGGAUCCUUCAAAAAUUAAAGCAAUCCAAGAAUUGCCAGCUCCAAAGAACAAAACUAAGGUUAUGAGCCUUCUAGAAAGGUUAAACUACAUCAGCAGAUUCAUUGCUCAACUCACAACAACUUGUGAGCCUAUCUUUAAGUUGUUGAAAAAGAAUGCCACAGUCGAGUGGACCGAAGAAUGUCGAGAAGCUUUUGAAAAAAUUAAGAGUUACCUAUCGAAUCCCCCUGUGUUGGUUCCCCCAGAGCUGGGAAGACCUUCGAUAUUGUAUAUGUCAGUACUGGAUAAUUCUUUUGGUUGUGUACUGGGUCAGCAUGAUGUCACUGGGAAGAAAGAGCGGGCCAUUUAUUACCUCACCAAGAAGUUUACCGUUUACGAAGCAAAGUACACCCUUCUUGAAAGAACGUGUUGUGCUCUAACUUGGGUAGCACAGAAGUUGAAACGUUAUCUUUCAUCUUACACUACUUAUCUCAUCUCUCAUAUGGAUCCGUUGAAAUAUAUUUUUCAAAAGCCCAUGCCCACAGGCAGGCUUGCGAAAUGGCAAAUAUUGCUCACAGAGUUUGACAUUAUCUAUAUAACGCGGACCGCAAUGAAAGCUCAAGCAUUGGCAGAUCAUUUGGCAGAGAACCCUAUUGAUGAAGAAUAUGAACCGCUUAAAACCUAUUUUCCAGAUGAAGAGAUAUCUUGUAUCGAUGAAGUUAUUCACGAUGACGAUCAAGGUUGGAAGUUAUUCUUUGAUGGUGCUUCUAACAGGAAAGGAGUUGGAAUAGGAGUUGUUCUUAUGUCUGAAUCAGGGGAAUAUUACCCUAUAUCAGCCCAACUUAGAUUCUAUUGUACUAAUAAUAUGUCUGAGUACGAAGCGUGCAUUUUGGGUCUGAGGUUAGCUGUUGACAUGGGCAUCCAAGAAUUGUUAGUGUUAGGAGACUCAGACUUACUUGUUCAUCAAAUUCAAGGAGAAUGGGAAACUCGAGACCCAAAGCUGAUACCAUAUCAACAUUGUUUACAAGGUCUUUGUCAAUGAUUCGUGUCGAUAAAGUUUAGACACAUUCCCCGAAUGCACAUGAGAUUGCAGAUGUAUUGGCCACUUUGUCUUCGAUGCUCCAACACCUUGAUGACGUCCAUAUCGACCCUUUAUACAUACAAAUUCGUGAUCAACAUACCUAUUGCAACAUGAUUGAGGAGGAAUUUGAUGGUAAACGUUGGUUUCAUGAUAUCAAAACUUAUCUUCAGUUUGGAGAAUGUCCGUCAGAUGUAACUAGUAAUCAAAAAAGGACUAUUCGACGACUAGCAAGGGGUUUUUUCUUAAGCGGAGGCAUACUGUACAAGAAGACACCCGAUUUAGGUCUUCUAAGGUGUGUAAAUUCUCAGGAGGCUUCCACAAUCAUGAUUGAAGAACACUCAGGAGUUUGUGGACCCCAUAUGAAUGGAUAUGUUCUAGCUAAGAAGAUACUUCGAGCAGGAUAUUAUUGGCUCACCAUGGAGCGGGAUUCGAUACGAUUUGUUCGUAAAUGUCAUGAAUGUCAAAUACAUGUUGAUUUGAUACAUUCUCCCCCUUUUGAGUUGCAUGCAAUAUCCGCUCCAUGGACUUUCGUGGCAUGGGGAAUGGAUGUGAUUGGACCGAUAGAACCAAAAGCAUCGAAUGGUCACAGGUUCAUCUUGGUGGCUAUUGAUUAUUUUACAAAGUGGGUGGAAGCAGUAACUUUCAAGUCAGUGACGAAGAAGGUCGUGGUGGAUUUCAUCCAUUUCAACAUCAUCUGUCGAUUUGGUAUUCCAAAGGUGAUUAUAACUGAUAACGCCGCAAAUCUCAACAGCCUCUUAAUGCAAGAGGUAUGCUACCAAUUUAAGAUUGAGCAUCGAAAUUCGACUCCGUAUCGCUCAAAGGCAAAUGUGGCUGUAGAAGCUGCUAACAAAAAUAUAAAAAAGAUACUUCGCAAGAUGGUGCAAAGUUCUCGACAAUGGCAUGAAAAGUUGCCUUUUGCUUUGUUGGGUUAUCGCACUACAGUCCGUACGUCAGUGGGCGCUACCCCAUAUUCACUGGUAUACGGGACUGAGGCAGUUAUACCUGUAGAGAUUGAGAUCCCAUCUUUACGAAUCGUUGUGGAGGCUAAAUUGAUGAUGAUGAAUGGAUCAAAACUCGGUUAGAGCAAUUAAAUUUGAUUGAUGAGAAGCGUCUGACAUCAGUAUGUCAUGGACAAUUAUAUCAGAAAAGAAUGGCACGGGCAUAUAACAAAAAGGUGCGUCCCAAACAUUUUGAAGAGGGUCAAUUAGUGUUGAGACGCAUUUUUCCACAUCAUGCUGAAACCAAAGGCAAAUUUUCUCCAAAUUGGAGAGGAACAUUUGUUGUUAAAAGGGUAUUACCCAAUGGUGCUCUUUACUUAGCAGAUAUAGAAGGCAAAGUGACAGAAACGAUCGUCAAUGCUGAUGCUGUGAAAAGAUAUUACAUAUGAUUGAGUUUUGACAUUAGAAACCCUUAUGUUUGGGCUUGACAUUUCAAGAGUUGAUUCAAUGGGAUCUCUUGGUAAUGCUGUUUCCUUGACUUUUCAAAAAAAACAAUAAUAAGAAAAAAAAACAAAUUGCCUGAACUACGUUUGACCUGAUUCUUGUUUCGGCAAGAUACGUAGGAAGCCCUAAUAUUGGGUUCGGUUCAACCAAAUACAAAUCCAAAAAUUCAUAUUGUAGUAUACUGGGGCAAAAGUCGUUUGUUUAUUCAUUCGGUCUCUCAUCUCAAAGCUCAAAAUCAACCCCAUCAUCUAAAGUCUAAAAAAUAAAUAAAAAAUCUUUGCAUCAACCCUUGAUAUGUCGAGAAUAAGUUGGUUAAGGUAGGUAAAAAUCCUGAAUGGGCACCAUAUGACAAAUGUGAAUAAAAAGAAAUAAAAAUUAGAGAG